GGUCGCCAACAUACCAAAAUGAGCAAUGCAAUCCACAUCACUCACUCAUUUGGAGCCGUACACUUGCCACUGCAGUCCGAAAUUGCGACAUGGGGCAAACAGAGAAAAUCGUGGCGGUGGGAGUUUUGGUUUCGGUCAUCAUAAUCCUUGCCUCCUACACAUUACCAAACUCAAAAGUUCCUAAAGCAUCAAAAGUGAUCCAGGCUGAGCCGAAAAUUAAAAAGGCAUCCCCAGUUUCGUUGAGCACUUUGCGAGGCCUCCCCUUUGACGAUGAGCGGCUGCUCUACUACACGAUGGGGCUUAUUCAUCCGCCCGCCGAUCGCAAAGUGCCCUAUGUUUUGAAGGAUUUGACCAAAUACGAUUAUUCAUGGGAAGCGAUCGCUCCCACUGUGCUCACUUUGCUCAAGAACAGGACAAAUGGUUUUUUUGUGGAUUGCGGCGCCCAUGACGGCGAGUUUUAUAGCAACACCCUGACCCUGGAAAAAUAUUUCAACUGGACGGGACUUUUGGUGGAAGCAUCUUCAGAGGAAUUGAUAUCACUUGCCACUAAAAACAGAAAGUCCUGGAUUGCCCCAACUUGCAUGAGUCUCAGUAAAACGCCAGACAUUGUAACUUUUUACGAAGAUAAACUUUUAGGAAAAGUGGUCGGAUCAAAAGAAAAGGCUGUGAAAAACCAGACCAGAGGAAGCUACGUGGAUAUCCUUUGCCUGCCGUUCAACACACUAUUGACUAGUCUGAAUAGGACCAAGAUUGACUUUUUCAGUUUGGAUGUCGAGGGUCACGAGUUUGAUAUUCUGCAAACCAUCGACUUCAAGAAAUUUGAAUUCGAUAUUUUGGUAGUCGAGUUCGCUCAUAAUGGACCAAAUAUCAAAUUGAUGGCACCGUUCAUGGAUCGCAACGGCUACUACUUGCACCAUUCUGCCCCAACGGACUUUUAUUUUUUGAAUAAAAAGUUAAAGUUGUAGUUCAUAGCUUUCCUGAGUUUCCUGCUUUCGUUUUUGUAUAAAUACACAUACAUUGUAAAAUUUGAGAGAGAAAAACAAAAGACAAUUAAUAAAAAACUUGUCAUUC